UGUGUUUCUGUUUUUCCUUCUUUUAUUAAAAAUUAAUUCCUCAUUUUCAUGGAUUUUUUGUUUCGGAAAAUUAAUUUUCUUAUAUAGUUUGCACAUCUCUGGAAAUAUAUCUUUGAUGUAAUUUUCAUUAAAAUUCAUUUGGCCGUAAUUGUACCACAAACUCGCUUUUAUAAAAUCCACCUGCUGCAUCCCUCCAAACAUUUGGAAGUGACUUUCUCACUCCCUCCCAGAAUUGUCACUUUUUAGGCCCUUUUGUAUGAUGGUUUGUUGAGAUUUCGUGAUUUAAAACAACAAAAUACCUUACUACCGGAAUUCUAUCAUUCAUGUUUCGCUAAUUACUGUUAUGUUGCUGUUGUUUUGGACGCUACCUCAAAAAAAAACCCACACAAGAGAGUGUAUGUUUACUUAGCCUUCUAUAAUGAAGAAAGGCGCGUAAAACAGAGGUAUAGCAUACCCCUCACAAUCGUAAAGUUGGCUGUUCAAAUCACAGCCAGGGAGAAUCAUUGCAAAUAAAAUCUUAGACUAUUAAUCUCGAUUUGAAAAAGAAAUAAAUUAGAAAGAGAAAGCUUCAUUCUAACAGGUUAAAAAAAACAUUAGGCAAAAUAAAUAUUUAUUAAUGACGUUGAUAAUCGAAUUUUAAACCUUUCUUGGUUCCUAUUUAGUCACUCAUGGGUAUAUCGCCAAGUGGCACGUUUCCUCCCGUACCGAGACACUAUCGCCUGACAUUGUAUUCAACUUCCUUGAGUGCAGAUUUAGUGACUCGCACGAUAAAAACAACAAUUUGCUGUUGGUUUAUGCUUCUUCUUUUAUUGAAAAUUAAUGUUUCAUAUAUAAUCGACGCUUCUCUGGAAAAAUAUCUUUCGAUUGAUACCAAUUUCAUUAAAAUCCAUUCAGCCUUUAUAAAACUCUUAGCCUCCAUCCAUCCUAUGGGGGGAGGGUAUAAAACGUAUGAAAGAAGAAGCGACGAAGUAAAGAGCAUUUUGCUGAAAAUAAACACAACAAAAAUCUUAACAAAACCAAGAUGGAAGCUAAUUUCAGUGAGGUGAGCAUUGCUGUGCCUUGGGGUCACAUAGCCGGACGUUGGUAUGGCAGUCAAGACGAAAGGCCCAUAUUGGCUCUGCACGGCUGGCUGGAUAAUUGCGGCACAUUUACAAAACUAGCACCGCUUUUAGCACCACAUCACAGUCUACUGUGCAUUGACUACCCUGGACAUGGUCGCUCAAGUCACCUGCCACCGGGCGUUAUGUAUCACACCAUGGAAUUUGUUCGCAUCAUUGGCCGCAUAAUGCAGGCCUAUAAAUGGAAAAAGGUUUCCCUUAUGGGCCAUUCCAUGGGUGCCUCUGUGGCUUUUAAAUUUGCCUCCCUUUACCCGGAACGAGUGGAUAUGGUUAUCAGUUUGGAUGCUCUUAAAAGUUUCUAUUGGACUCCCUCAUUAUUGGUGCCUUUCUUUGAACAUUUAACAGAAAUGGCCAUUAAGGAUAAUGAACGCCUUAUGAGUCCUUAUCCCUCCCAACCUGCCAGUUUUUCAUUCAAACAAUUGGAAUAUCUCAUACACGAGGGCUCUAUGAAAUCCAUUGAUCUGGACAAAUGUAAAUACAUCUUGGAGCGAAAUGUUGCCAAUUCCAAAUUGUAUCCCCACAAGUAUUACUUCUCCCGUGAUCAGCGGGCGAGAAACAUCAUACAGUUAAAUGCCACCAUGGAAAUGGCUUUGGAGAUGGCGAAACGCAUAUGUCGAACAUCCAUGCCAUAUAUAGUGAUCAAAGGUGGCGAAUCGGAUAAUUCGAAUGCUUGUGCCACAGAAUUGGAUGAUUUUAUGAUGAGGCAUAAUACAAAUUUUGAACAGCAUGUCUAUGCGCAGGGAACCCACCACAUGCACUUGAACAAUGCCCCACCAGUGGCCGAAAUAAUUAUUGAAUUUUUACAUAAGCACAAGGGAUGCAAUAUGACUUCGUCAAAAAUGUGACAA